AUGUUCCUCGCCGAAGUGGUGGGUACCGGGAUACUUCUGUUUGUUGGUUGUAUGGGCUCCAUAGGAACGAUGGGGCGAAUACUGCCGCCGCCAUUGCAGGCGUCCAUGGCGUUCGGUAUGACUGUCAACCUUCUUAUUAUGAUGUUAGGACAUGUAAGUGGUGCGCAUUUAAAUCCCGCUGUCACGAUAGGGGCAGUUAUUCUUAAAAUUAAAAGUAUCCCGACCGGUAUCGUCUACGUCGUAGGGCAAUUCAUUGGUGCCACUAUUGGAUAUGGAUUGCUAAUGGUACGAAUUUUUGAUUUUAUUACUUAUUCAUUGUACAAAUUUAAAUUGGCAAUAACUCCGCCCGAGUUGUUCAAUGAUGGAUCCUCGAAUUCGUCGGUGGGCCACUGUGUAACAACCGUUCAUCCCGGGAUCAGUACCACGCAAGCCGUUUUGGUCGAAAUUCUUUGUACGUCGUUCAUACUUUGCGCAGCGAGCGCAACUUGGGACCCAAGGUGCGCCCACACAACAGAUUCCACAGCGAUCAGAUUUGGUUUCUCCGUCGUUGCAGUUUCACUUGCAGCGAUUUACUGGUUCGGACCGACUGUAGGUGCUGUUCUCGGAACUUAUACCUAUGUUCUCCUAUUUGCGGAGAAGAAACCGGAUCUACAGAACGAUCGUCUGCAAUUUCUAGAGUUGAAACCGAUUAAUGCGUCGUUGAAGGAUUUCAAUUGCAAGGAAGAAAGAAAUAUCAACGGAAGAAAUCUCGAACUAAUGGCAGCAGAGGAAGCUGCUUGA